AUAAAAAAAAGGACUGCCAGAAAAUAUAUAAAUAGAGCGCAAAAGAUGUUUCACUCAUUUUUGUGGAGGGAGGCCCUUCAUGGAUUAUAAUCUGGCCCGUCAAAUACUGCAACUGUAGCAAAACAACCAAGGAUCAAAGGGAGCCUUAACUUUUAGACAAUCAGCAGGAAACAUGGUGGGACUUAAACCCUCGGAUGUUCCUCCCCCACUGGGGGUGAAGAUGGCGAGUGCGGGGGCCGCAGCCUGUAUUGCCGACAUUGUCACAUUUCCUCUGGACACAGCCAAAGUCAGACUACAGAUUCAGGGAGAGAAGAAAGCCAUGGAGGGGAUCCGUUACCGAGGGGUGUUUGGCACAAUCAGCACCAUGAUCCGAACGGAGGGGCCCAAGUCUUUGUACAACGGGCUGGUAGCUGGUCUGCAGAGGCAAGUGUGCUUCGCCUCCAUCAGAAUCGGCCUCUACGACAAUGUCAGAGAUUUCUACACAGGGGGAGCAGACAACCCAGGUGUGCUGGUGCGAAUCCUGGCCGGCUGCACCACAGGUGCCAUGGCGGUGUCCUUUGCACAGCCCACCGACGUGGUCAAGGUUCGAUUCCAAGCCCAGAUGAAUCUAGACGGAGUUGCUCGCCGCUACACUGGCACCAUUCAGGCCUACAAACACAUCUUUCAGAAUGAGGGCAUGCGUGGACUAUGGAAAGGCACAUUACCCAACAUCACUAGAAAUGCACUGGUCAACUGCACAGAGCUGGUUACAUACGACCUGAUCAAGGAGGCCAUCCUUAGACAUAACCUGAUGUCAGACAAUCUGCCUUGCCACUUUGUGUCUGCGUUUGGCGCCGGCUUUGUUACCACGGUGAUUGCCUCCCCGGUGGACGUGGUGAAGACCAGAUACAUGAACUCGCCACCGGGCCAGUACAAGAGUGCCAUCAACUGCGCAUGGACCAUGAUGACUAAAGAGGGGCCGACAGCUUUCUACAAAGGAUUUGUUCCCUCAUUUCUGAGGUUGGGAUCAUGGAAUGUUGUGAUGUUUGUCUCAUUCGAGCAAAUCAAGAGAGCCAUGAUGGUCACCAAGAAGAGGAUGGAGGACCCAAACUGAGAUUAGCAUUUCAAAGUUGGGCUGAGAGACCUGAAGCACCACCGAAUGAUGAAAUCUAUUGAUAUACAUUGUGUGGUGACAACGAAGACAAUCCUUUUGCUGAAGAAAGGACUAGUGGACGAUCUACCUUGUAUUUGACUGUUAUGUUGAACUUUAAGUUCUCCUUUUAUAAUUUGUCAUGAUGAGCCCGAUCCAAAUAUUGUGGGAGCGAACGAUAUGAGCACAAGCUUGAAAUGACCUCCUUUGGUCAGCUGAGUUUGCACUUUAAGGGAUCUGUCAAUCUUAAUCUGCCAGUUAGACAUUUGAGGCAGCUUAAACCGGUGCACGUUUAUAUUAAAAAUAAUACCGGUGCCAUAAUAAAAUGUAAAACAUCUUUA